UAAAAUUAAAUUGCAACGAUUUUUACAACUAUAAUAUUCUAAAGAAAGCAACAGUAAUAAUAUAUAGCUAAUUUCAAACUAAUCUUAGUCUUAGAUUGUCCGUAAAUAUCUAUGGAAAUAAUAGUUUCAACUCUGAAAUUGGGUUAACCGUUUUUCCACGAGCUAUUUAUAACUGGUUAAGGUGGUGACAUUUUGUUGGAAACUAAAAAGAGAUGGGUUUUGACAAAGAAGGAAGUGGUGAAGGUUCAGCAUCAUCAGCAUCCGCAUCAAAGCAAAAGAGCCUUGAAGAAUGGCUUCCGAUCACUGCUUCAAGAAAUGCAAAAUGGUGGUAUUCUGCAUUUCACAAUCUGACAGCCAUGGUGGGCGCCGGUGUUCUGAGCCUUCCGUAUGCAAUGGCACAUAUGGGAUGGGGUCUUGGAAUCACGGUGAUGAUCUUGUCAUGGGUUAUCACUCUGUACACGCUGUGGCAAAUGGUUGAGAUGCAUGAGAUGGUACCGGGAGGGAAGAGACUUGAUAGGUACCACGAAUUAGGUCAAGAAGCAUUUGGGGAAAAGCUUGGUCUGUGGAUUGUGGUUCCCCAACAACUGCUGGUUGAAGUUGGAACAUGCAUCGUCUACAUGGUGACCGGAGGCAAGUCAAUAAAAAAGGUUCACGAAACCUUUUGUCCUGAAUGCACGCCAAUCAAGACCAGUUAUUGGAUCAUGGUCUUUGCUUCCGUGAACUUCGUUCUUGCCCAGCUCCCCAACUUCAACUCUAUUUCUGCCAUCUCUCUGGGUGCAGCAGUGAUGUCUCUGACUUAUUCGUUCAUCGCUUGGGGUGCAUCCAUCAAGAAAGGGAUUACACCAGACGUGUCCUAUAACGUGAAGAUGAAAAGCACGAGUGAUGGUGUGCUCAAUUUCUUCUCUGCAUUGGGAGAUGUGGCAUUUGCAUAUGCAGGACACAAUGUGGUGCUAGAGAUUCAAGCAACAAUGCCUUCAACGGCAGAGAAGCCUUCCAAGGUACCAAUGUGGAAAGGGUGUAUUUGGGCAUACAUUGGAGUUGCAAUAUGUUACUUCCCUGUUGCCUUUGUUGGCUACUACAUGUUUGGAAACAUGGUGGAUGAUAACAUCCUCAUCACACUCGAACACCCUGCUUGGCUUAUUGCCAUAGCUAAUCUCUUUGUUGUCAUCCACGUCGUUGGAGGCUAUCAGGUGUUUGCAAUGCCAGUCUUUGAUAUGAUUGAAACUUAUUUGGUAACACGAUUGAACUUCUCACCUUCUUCCACCUUACGUGUCAUAACUCGCACACUAUUUGUUGGAAUCACAAUGUUAAUAGGAAUCAGCAUCCCAUUUUUUGGUUCUCUUCUUGGAUUUCUUGGUGGAUUUGCCUUUGCUCCCACCUCAUACUUUCUUCCAUGCAUCAUAUGGCUUAAGCUGAAGAAACCUAGAAAAUAUGGCUUGUCUUGGACAAUUAAUUGGUUUUUCCUCCAUCCUUGAAUUUCAGAUUUGCAUUGUUAUUGGAGUAUUGAUAAUGACACUAUCACCUAUUGGUGCUUUGAGGAAUAUCAUUGUCUCAGCCAAGAACUACAAGUUUUUCUCAUGAGCUUAUGCAAUCAUUAAUUUGUUGUUGUGCUCAAUGUUGGUUGAUGGGAAUGCACAAGAAGAAUGGAAUUAAGCACUUUUGAGGCGGGCUUGUCGAGUGGGCUUUUGCCUUAAAGAUUAUGAUUGAAUUCAGAAUGUUACUUUUGUGUUUGUGUUUAGAAUGGUUGUUGGUUGUACUUUAAGUUAUAAUUUGGACAAUGUUUGGUUGAUUAGAGACUUGGAUAAUGUUUAAUUAUAUGUUUUGGAUCAUGUUUGCUUUGUAUUGAACAAUGUUGGUUUCAUUAUUUUGUUUAAAAAAUUUGGGUGAUGA